GUCCAACAUUUGGCAUCUUCAGCUGUCCAAUGGUGUGAACAGAAGGGUGGCGUGGUGGAGAAAGAUGAUCUAGUGAACCGGAUAUCCUCACUUGGAUCCAGCGGCAAGCAUGCCAAGAAUUGUGAGCGUGAUUUUCAUUUUCUUCUACGGAAGCUGAUCCCAAUGAGUUUCUACGGUGAUGACAUCGCUGCUUACAAGGGUUCAGAGACAGGGUCAGUGACAGUGCUUGGGUGGUGCAGCGACUUGGGAUAUCAGAAUCCUUCACUGACAAGAUAUUUCCCCAUCGCCGUGUAUCCUGAGUAUGCAGCCACUGAGUUCACUUAUGAUGACAUUAUGGGUCAUGUGGUUGCCAGGACGCGAGACAUGGUGGACCCCACAAUGCUUUUUGACUGGUCAGAUGGCGGCUACGCCUUCAUGCUGUCGUCUCUUCAAGGAGACCUUAAGUUCAUUGUUGAGCAUUACGGGCUGCACAACUACAGAUCAAAUUUGUGCUGCUCAUUGUGUGGUGUCAAGAAGAAGGCCAACGAUGGGAAUCUGAGCAUGACGCUUGGAGAUUUUCGUGAAAAUGCCGAUCAUGCUUCAAGCCUGCCAGAUUUGAGCGAAUUUCAUGAAAGAGGUUCGAUUGUGUUCUCACUCGGCAUCCCUUUGGACAGAGUGUUGCAUGACUGCUUGCAUUCACAACUUCUCGGCACCGGGAAGACUGCCAAUGCCAGUGCCAUCGUUUAUCUGGCUGAGGUGGGGUACUGGGGAGCUUUCCCACGAGGCCUCUACAGUGAUUCUUUGGCAUUGGUGUUGCGACAGGUGGUGACUUUCUGGGUUGCUCAUUGCUGUGUUGAACAUGCUGCCCGACCAGAAGCUACAGAAUUGGAUCGUUUGGUUGCAACCUGCCUUCAUUCCUACGCAAGUUCUUUGAAAAACAUGGAUACCUCAGGAUUGGUUCUGAGUGAAGAGCAAGCGGAAAGCUACUACCAGGAUGUGAUUCGACAUUUGCAGACCUAUGCAGCCUUGAACAGCAAAAGCCGGAUGGCCCGGGGAAAACAGGCCAACCGCACUUUGUGGCUGAUGAUUUGCAAACAUCACCACUACUAUCAUCAUUGCAAAACGGUGAGGAUCGAGCGGAUCAAUCCGCGUAUCAGCCAACUUUUGGCAGCUGAAGACAUUGUGUGCAGAGUGGGCAAGAUCGCCCGAGCCACUCACAAGGGGAAUGUGUCCCUACGUACGCUGGAACGUUAUCUGGCUCUUGUGAACCUUGAGUUGGCCAAACUGGAUUGUCACGAUCUUCCCAUCUUGGCCCCGGCGCUGUCGCGCCUGGUUGCCUCGAUCCAACUGGACGCGAAGAUGAUGGGCCGCCUGUUGAGGGAACAGAACAGGACCAAUGCAACUUGGCGAGACGUGGCCUGCAAGUUCCUCAAGGCAAAUCCCAAGUUUGUGAGGAGCUUGGAGAUUCCAAGUGAAAACAUGCACAAGAACACAAGUAGCAAGGAUUUCCAGGAUGCAUCAAGUGAAUUUCAGGAAUUCAAAGGCGGUAAAGAAUUCAGUGCAAGUUUUAUGACUGGCUACGGCGUGCUGUCCUUCGGGGGAAUGGAGGUGCCAGACUCCGCAAAAGAGAGACAGGAGAGAAAAAAGGUCAAUGAGGCGGACCGGAUGAUUCUCUGGGCCGAGAUGGACGCGGACAACACCGGGCAGGUCACCAAAGACGAGUUCGAGGAGAAGUUGGACAUCGACUUCGCUGCUCGGAAGUAUGCCAAGGCUUUGGCUGCAGUGCAGUCCAACCCCUUGCUGCGCUCGGCAACCACUAUGCAUCUGGGUGCUGGCAGUAGUGGCGGCAACUUGAGCUCCUCGUUGCCUGCACGAAUCAAGCCCAAUGGCGACGUGAAAUUCCAGCGAAAUGUCUCGAGGGAAGCCGAAAAGGAGGAGAUGUACCAAUUGAUGAAGGAUACCGUCCGGCACAUUGCAGAGGAAUACUACUCUGGAGACAAGAAGAAUAGAUUCUCAUCAGGAACUAGCACCUCUGGCCCCAGAGUGCACUUUCCAGCUGCACCUUCGCAACCUGCGCCGGAACGUCCAGUCGAAGCUCAGAAGUCAUCAUGACAAGGUGGCGCCGUCCUGAUCGUCCGCGGAAGCGCGGAAGCCGCUCCAAGGGGAAGAUAUGGACGAAGC